AUGCACGAUGCGGACCAUCCUUUGGUGGCAAAACCUGUCUGGGAAGCCGCUGGGGUGACUGUUGCUCGCAAUACAGUUACUGUGGCUCAAGCUAUGAAAGGCUACGGAAAGUGCAACACUGUCAGUUCAUCUCGCAGCUCAACCCAAACAUCCGCGAAACUUUCAACUUCGUCGAAGAGCAACUCUGUAACGUCCGUCUCCCAGAAGUCCACGAAACUUUUAACUUCAUCCAAGGGUAGCUCUGCAACAUCAGCUCCUCAGACUGCCUCCAAGUCUGUUUCCACCUCUCAAUCAGCGCCGAGUUCCUCAGCAACUACUGCACAGUCAUCUUUGGCUUCUCAGUCAGCCUCAUCCGCUGAGACUACUAACAAGAGCUCAUCAUCUUCCGAUAGCGUUCUGCCGUCCACUAACCCAUCAUCAAUCUCAAUCCUCAUCCCUUCAACCACAUCCUCCGACACAUCCGCGUCUUCAUACGUGCCAUCGGACAGCGCAGCUUCUCAGAGCAGCGCGACAGAUCCAUCCACGUCAAUCAACAAUGACAGCCCACCCUUCACGCCACCGGCGGAAGUCAUCUUACCGUCGGAUCCCCAAGAGUUCAUGGCCACAUACACUUUCCAGGACGAUCCACUUCCCACACCUGUGGAAAUGGGUAGCCCCCCAAUUGCUACAGGCGUCACGCCAGUCGAAGCAAAUUUAGUGAAGAAGUGUCUCAUUGUUCCAGGACAAGCCGACGCUACCUUCCAGCUGCUAGAACCGAAGGAUAGAGUUCCACUCAUCAAACGCACAGACAGCACCCUUGGCCCCAUUAAAGCACCAAAGUCCGAAGCGGAGUUUAUCGCGAUGGGUUCGAUUGAGGAUCUUGUAUUCACAUCUUUCGCGCUCAUGAACAGCGUCAAUGGACUCUUCGAUCUCGUUACCAAUGAAAAUCCUCGCCAAUACAUCGCGAAAAAAUCAGAUGGUUCAGUGAUCCUGACAGACCAGUCGACUAAUAACGCCCAGCUAGCAACAUCCAUCUUCGAUGUCACUUGCGAAGGCCGCAUCACUGUUCAAAUCGCUUCGCAGCACUUUACCUGGACACUGCGCCAAAACGACUCAGUAAUGGAGCAGGCGGACGGCACACCAGAAACGAUGUAUGCACUACCAGACAGCCCAGCCGCGGUGAAGCGACGACGCCGCGACAAGUCUCAGGAAGGCGUAGCUCCGCGCUGUAACGCGUACCCUCGACCACUAGAGGCACGCGUGUUUCCUGGGGCACGAGGCAACAAUCCAAACCAGUGUGGCUCGUCUGCGUUUAAUGUUCCGGAUUUGAGUUUUGGCAGUUGCUGCGACCAGCACGACAACGACUAUGACGACUGUGGUAUGACCUUUGAGGAAGGGAACAGUAGGUUCCGUUCAUGUAUGCGCGGAAGCGGGUGCGAUUCGUUAAACCAUUGGUAUAGCUAUCCGGCAUAUCUUGGGUGUCUCAAAACAGCCGAGUUUUACUACAGCGUGGUAUCUGGAUAUUUUGGACAGAAAGCAUUCUAUGUGGCCAACACCGAUCGCUGCAAAUGCUAUUGCUCAGGCUCUACGCCUAACGGCUGCAUGGUAAACGGCCAGUUUCAAUGUCUCAAUGUCUUCGGUACCGACACCAACAAUUGCGGCGGCUGCGGCCGCACGUGUCCCCAAGGUUCACGCUGCGAGAAUGGACAGUGCAAGUGCCCCGCCGAACAAUGUGGCAACCGCUGCGUGACGCUGGCCUCGCAUCCCCAGAAUUGCGGACAGUGCGGUCGCGUCUCGCCUUCAGGAUACUGCGUUCAGGGCCAACCGUACACACCGCCAGCCUUCUGCUCUCGGGGUAAUGGAUUCCGAAACGGAAACUUCGCGAACGGAGCAAACGACUGGAGUGCGCAGAUUGUUAGCGGCGGAAGCAAUUCGCGUUUUGACGUCGGCUUCGAUGGCGGCGCACAGGACUCAGACGCUAUGGUUGGUAUAUUUUCGCUUUACACACCCAAUGGUGGCGCAAACCUCAAGACGUCUGUCAAGAUGUGUCCCGGAUCAGCGUAUAACCUAGGGUUUCAGAUUCGCAGACCUUACGGCACGGAUAGCUGCUCCUACUACGUCUACGUAGCUGGCGAACUCAAGAACAGCGGGCAGGUACCACAGCCGACGAACAUCGGUGCUGGAUGGCAAUGGGUCUCUGGUCUUCGUGUUGGGCCAUUCUCUGGAGAGCGGCAAGGUGUAAGUGCGGCAGGACCUGAGCUCUGGGCGGACUUUGAGCUCGAUAUCCGCUGCUCAGGCAGUGCACUGUAUAAUUUCAUUCGCGUAGACCAGUUUUCCAUAAUCCCAGCGUAG